CUCAAGAAGUCCUUUACCCUAAACAUAAAUGUUCACUUCCUACAUAAAGCUCUCCUUGGAACAGACUCCAGAGUGCAGCCCCACAUCUCUUCAUAUCCCCCUUUCUCCACUCUCUUUCUCUAUAAAAGAAAAAAGUAAAACCAAGAAGGCCAAGAAGCAAAUUGAGAGCAGUAAUCGUUUAGACAUAGGAAAUGAAUUAAAUUUUGUGAUGAUGAGAAGAUUUUGAUAGCAGAGCAUAGUGAAAGAAGCAUCUUUUUUUUUUGGGUUGUUUUUUUUUUUACUUUUUUUUUUGGGUGUGUGUGGCUUUAAUGGCUGACAACAGCUAUGAUUGUGUAGACUCAGACCUACCUUGCACAGAGACCAUCAGGGCUCUGUGCUUUGAUGAUCUUGAUUCUGUUGCCACAGAUAGGCAAACCCAUCAAUCUAAUGGUGGUGAAGGUUUGAUCUUUGGCAAUGGUGGAUCAGACCCAUUAAUUGAUUUUCCAAUUUUGAGUGAAGAGAGCUUUUGCUUGAUGGUGGGGAGGGAGAGCCAGCAUAUGCCUGCAGAUGAUUAUCUCAGCAGAUUGAGAACUGGGGAAUUGGAUUUGACCCUUAGAAGAGAGGCUCUUGAUUGGAUUUGGAAGGCUCAUUCCCAUUUUGGCUUUGGAGAGUUUAGUUUUUGCCUAUCAAUGAAUUACUUGGAUCGUUUUCUCUCAAUGUAUGAACUGCCAAGAAGUAAAACUUGGGCAGUGCAAUUGUUAGCUGUGGCGUGUUUAUCGCUAGCAGCUAAACUGGAGGAGAUCAGUGUGCCUUUGAGUGUGGAUUUACAGGUGGGUGAUCCCAAGUUUCUGUUUGAUGGUAAAACCAUACAGAAAAUGGAACUUCUCGUGUUGAGCAGGCUCAAGUGGAGAAUGCUGGCAUAUACGCCUUGUUCGUUCAUAGACUAUUUCCUGAGGAAGAUCAAUGGCGAUCAGUUACCCUCACUGCACGUGAUUUCCAGAUCAAUGCGUCUUAUUUUGAGCACGAUAAAAGGAAUCGACUUCUUGGAAUUCAGGCCUUCCGAGGUAGCUGCAGCCGUGGCCAUAUUCGUUUCGGGGAAAACGCAAGCAAUAGACGUUAUCAAGGCAAUGCCUUCCUUCACCCAAGAAACACAAAAGGAGAGGCUGGCGAAAUGCGUGGAGCUGAUUCAAAACCUGAAACUGAAGGGAAACGCGGGGGAAGGUAGUGGCAGCUCCAUACCCCAAAGCCCAAACGGCGUCUUGGAAGCAGCGUGUUUGAGCGACGAGCAGACAGCCGGGUCAUGCCCGAGCUCAUCGACCUCCACCCCGGACACCAAGAAAAGAAGACUGGAAACGCAACACAACAAAUGAUUAGUAGCGACGAAAACUCCACAACCACCACCGAACAUUCCUACUGCAAAAUCACACCUUAUGGCCAAAUAAGUUUUGGUUGAAUGGGAAUUUUGGUGUGGCAGUGAAAAAGACUUACAGACAAGGAAGGUCCCCAAGGAAUGAGAAUUGGGGGGGAGGGUAGAGAUGGGUCCCAUCAUUACCAGCUGUUAAUAAUAAUAAUGAUUAUUAUUAUUGUUAUUAUUAUUACUGUUAUAUAAUAAAAAACAUUGAGGUGUCAACCAACCAUAGUAAUACAAAAAGGUGAAAUUUUGAUGAGUUUUA